UUUGCUUCACUCGACACAUGCAUAUGUCAGUCUUAACUCCCUAACUCUUUCCCCCGCAAUCCAUGCUCCACUUCCUUUAACUUCUCAACAAAUUAUUUUCCUCAUUUUCCCCGCAAUUUAAUUUUUUCUCUCUCUCUCUCUCUCUCUCUCUCUCUUUUUUUCUUUUGGGUUCGAUGAAGCCGAAGAAUUAUUCUCCGAUGGAGAAACCCAUCUCCGUCGGGACUGGAAAAUUCCGAAGCAGCAACAACAACAACCAUAGUAACGUCUGGUUCGUCGUCCCUCUCUUCAUCCUCCUCUCUUUCAUCCUCCUCUGUUUCGACUACUCUGCUCUCUACAUCACCGACACCACCGACGAACCCGCUUCCUCCUCCUCCUUUUCCGACACAACCCAGAAGAAACCAGUUUCUCCUCGCGACGAACCCACCACCAAAGACGUAAACGUUUCUCGACUACUCGACGAACCGCUUCCCGAUUCCUGCUCCGGUCGGUACAUCUAUCUCCACGAUCUCCCCGGUAGAUUCAACAACGACCUUCUUCACAGUUGCAGUUUGAUCACCAGAGGAACAGAGAACAACAUAUGUCCCUACCUCGAGAACUUCGGUUUCGGUCCUGAGAUUCAGGAUCCGGACAACGUCCUGCUGAAACAGAGCUGGUUCUCCACGAAUCAGUUCAUGCUCGAAGUGAUCUUCCACAACAAGAUGAAGAAGUACACUUGCUUGACGCACAACUCCUCUCUAGCUUCCGCGGUCUUCAUUCCCUUUUACGCGGGUAUCGACAUGAGCAGGUAUCUCUGGGGUUUCAACAUCUCCGUGAGAGACUCCUCCUCCCACGAGCUCAUGGAUUGGCUCGUGAAACAGAAAGAGUGGAGUCGGAUGUCCGGUAGAGACCAUUUCUUCGUCGCGGGAAGGAUCGCUUGGGAUUUCAGGAGACAGACUGAUAACGAAUCCGACUGGGGAAGCAAGCUCAGGUUCUUACCAGAGUCGCAGAACAUGUCGAUGAUGUCUAUCGAAUCGAGCUCUUGGAACAACGACUACGCUAUCCCUUACCCCACCUGCUUCCACCCUUCGUCUGUGGACGAGAUCUCCGAGUGGCAAGAUCGGAUGAGGUCUCGGAAACGGGAGUAUCUGUUCGCCUUCGCGGGCGCUCCGAGACCCGAGUAUAAAGACUCGGUUCGAGGGAAGAUUAUUGAUGAGUGUUUGGAGUCGGAUGAUCAGUGUUACUUGUUGGACUGUAACUAUGGGAAAGUGAACUGUGAUAACCCUGUCAAUGUGAUGAAGGUUUUCAGGAACUCGGUGUUCUGUCUUCAGCCACCGGGAGAUUCUUACACGAGAAGAUCCAUGUUUGAUUCGAUACUGGCGGGCUGCAUCCCUGUGUUCUUCCAUCCGGGGACAGCCUACGCUCAGUACAAGUGGCAUUUGCCCAAGAACCACAAGAGUUACUCGGUUUAUCUACCGGUUAAGGAUGUGAAGGAGUGGGAUAUCAAGAUCAAGGAGAGGUUGCUUGAGAUUUCAGAGGAAAGAGUGGUGAGGUUGAGAGAAGAGGUGAUUAAGUUGAUACCGAGUGUGGUUUACGCUAAUCCGAGUUAUGGAUCGGAAGGGAAUGAAGAUGCAUUUGAGCUGGCUGUAAAGGGAAUGCUAGAGAAGAUUGAAGAAGUGAGAGAGAUGAUGAGGCAAGGGAAGGAUGGUGGUGAAGGGUUUGAUGAUAGGGAUGAUUACAAGUAUACAUUUUCUCCAUAUGAAGCUCAAGUUUUGACAUAAAAAUUGAAUAUAUGUCAAUGUGUCUUUUUAGUUUAUGUAGGUAGAAGCAAUUUGUUUGCUCUAGAGUGAAAAAAAAAAACGAAGAAGAACGUGUUUUGAAACAAAAGAUAAUCUUUGAGCUUUGCUCAAUAAGUUUGGUUAACUUCAUGGAUAUUUUGAAGGAUCUAGUAGUGUAGUAUGCUGUAUAAAGAUGG